AUGGCGGCAGCAGCGAGGGCGGCCGAAGAGGCGCGGAGAGACAGAGCUUAUGAAGGUAUAUUUCAGCGAGAGAGCUAUAUGUUCAAGGAGUAUAGAGAUCCGGGGACAGACACCCAGACUACCUUGGGUACCAUAUGGAACGCUGCAGUCGUACCUCUAUGGCAGUUUGCGAAAUUUCCAGCCAAAGGCGACGCAAAACGAAUAUUUACCAAGCUAACGUUCGGCACUGUUCCACCUGCACCCCUGGCUCUAGGUCUUCCAGCAGCACCUCCCGUGAAUCUAGGCCAAGCCGCUCCCCUUCCGGGAGCACUAGCAAACUACCAGACGCAACACUCGUUGUUCAGGAUGUGGUUCGUCAACCCUCCCGAAUGGACAUUCCGGCGCAAUCUAGGUUAUGGGGGCCAUGGUAUUGCUUCUCUUUUCAGACGUACGGAGCCCGGCCCGCCGCCGGUGAGGACUGACUAUGUUGUUAAGUUCCAAAAAAGAAUUUACCAGAACAGCUUCCGCUUAGACCCCAGGCUGCAUAAAGAGGCAAAAUCACACAGAAAAGUGAACAGAUCGGCGCAUUGCAUUAGAUUGUACGAACCUGGGGACGUUGGCAAAACUAUACGGAACUACAUAGACCCGGGGGACUUUGAUGAUUCUAGUGUGCAUGAGGACUCGAGUGGAGAGGACAGCGAACUUGAACGGCGAAGGAGGCAGAUAAUAAAUGAUCGACGCACCAGGCGGAGCAUGCGACGACGGAACCGUGACUUGCAAUGGCGGGCAGAGCGGCGCAGAGAAGUCAAGGGAAAUCGUGCCAAUGCGCACAACGCCGCCGCCCUAACCAACAACAAUAACAUUCGCGACUUCAUCAUUACCGAGUAUAUUCACCAUGGAGAUCUAGAAAAGCUCAUCGAAAGGCUGGAGAAUGAUUUGCGGAUAAAUCCGAUACACGGGGGAAGAAUUCCUAACCGAGUCCUGUGGUCGUUUUGGCUCUGUCUUGUCAGGGCCUGCGUCGCAAUGGAAUAUCCCCCAAGGAAAUUCCACCCACUGCGAGUCGAUCCGGUGACAAAAGGAACGCAUAGAGAGCGCACAAGCACAACUACGAAGGUGUUUGAAGGCAACAAAAACAGAGAAACAGUUGGUCUUGAGGUACAAACUUACAGCGCCGCGAAACAGAAUGAAUAUCAGACGGGUUACAAUCUUGUAUCUCAGGACAUGAUCGAGGAUAUCCCCCCGGGGUAUAUGGCUAACAGGCGAAAGAAUCUUGUUCAUUUUGAUAUUGAUCCGUCGAACGUUUUCAUCGGCGAUAUAGAUCUACAAAAUGUCAGAGACGUCGACAGGGCAGCUUCAGAACAUGAAUUGGUUCCAAGGCUCAAAUUAGGGGAUUUUGGACUGGCGGACGUGAUCAAGCAAGACAAGCGCAACAUGUAUUAUACAUGGCGACGAUUUAGAGGGAAGGACAGUUUCUUUGCACCUGAACAAUUCGGAGCGGAAUGGGAUCAUUUCCCAGCAACUCGACAAGGAACCGAGAUAGCCGCGUCAACCAAAGCUGGCUUCUACGGUCCCCACACGAACAUUUGGGGGAUAGCUUUGGUGAGAAUCAUGAACAAAUCCUCUACCGAGUUUCAGCUGACCAUUAUUGAGACGAUGUGGUGUCUCAUUACUAAAUUCGAGCCACCUAUACCGCCGGCACCGCAAAUCCCCCCCGCCGUAUACGCUGCGGUAAUGGCUGCACUACCGAUAGGGUUUACUCGCGCACAGCUCGAUGCCCAAGUACACGCGGAGAUGGACGCGCUACCUGUCCGCCCUCCAAUUUCUUACUGCCCGUUACUUCGUGAUCCGACUGUCCCCAACUACAACUGGGUUGACCAAGACCUUCGACAGGUGCUAUACGAAUGCAUGUAUCAUAAUCCUACGGAUCGCCCAAGCUUGGAUACCCUGCUAGAACAAGCCAAGACCAAGGCGGCAUCUGCUUUCCCGGGGGAGACUGACCAAAUUGUGACGCAGUGGGUUAAUAGAUGGAUAAGGAUGCCAGCAGCAGCACCAGCAGCAGCACCACCACCACCACCACCACCACCACCACCACCAGCUCCCCCCGCUCCACCAGCUGCUCCCGCUCCACCAGCUCCUCCUCCUCCUCCUCCUCCUGUUGCUCCUCCUCCAGCAGGUGGAGGUGGCCCUCCGCCGCCAGCUCCACCACCAGCAGCUCCUCCCGCUCCACCACCAGCAGCACCACCACCACCAGCUGCUCCCGCUCCACCAGCUGCUCCCGCUCCACCAGCUCCUCCUCCAGCAGGUGGUGGUGGUCCUCCACCGCCAGCAGCACCACCACCACCACCACCAGCUGCUCCCGCUCCACCAGCUGCUCCUCCUCCUCCAGCUGCUCCUCCUCCUCCAGCAGGUGGUGGUGGUCCUCCACCGCCAGCUCCACCACCAGCAGCAGCUGCUCCCGCUCCUCCUGCUGCUCCUCUUCCAGCAGGUGGAGGUGGCCCUCCCCCUCCUCUCCCCCUUCCUCCUCCAGCAGGUGGUGGUGGUCCUCCACCACCAGCUCCACCACCAGCAGCAGCUCCUCCCGCUCCUACCGUUCCUCCUCCUCCCCCACCAGCCGGAGGAGGCGGUGGAGGACCAGGAGGACCACCACCGCUGCCACCACCGCCACCCGCUGGAGGGGGAGGAAGAGGCGGCGGCGGCGGCGUAGGAGGACGAGGAGGGGGACGAGGAGGCAAAGGACCUGGAGGCAAAGGACCUGGAGGCAAAGGACCUGGAGGCAAGGGGAAAGGCAAAGGCAAAGGGAAAGGCAAAGAGGCUGAUGACGGUCUUAUUGUAUAUCCCCCAUAUCCCGCAGGCACUAAUGCGACGAUUCCCGCUGUCCUUCCCAAUGGCUUUCAGACUAUUGAAAACAAUGUGCCUAACAGUCAAUGUGGCUUGACAGCAGUUUGUGAUAGCCUUCGAACUCAGCUGCCGGCAAUUCCCGGAGUAGCAUGGCCUACUUAUGCAGAUCUCUACGCCGUAUUCCAGAACAUGCUGGCUUCAGGCUAUUGGGCUGUCCAGAUAGCUAGUGGUUCUAUUCCGAGCCCACUACCUAACGAAGGCCCGGAUCUUCUAGACAUGAUAUCACCAGUUUUGACGCAAUGGGGGGCCGCAAACGGAGUGAACUUAGACGUGGCUGCGGUUCGACAAGUUGGAGGUUCAUAUGGCAUCAAUAUUACCGGUGCAUUGGCCCCAGGGACCCAUCGAAUAUGGAUUUAUUGGACUGGUCCGGCAAGUGGUCCCAACGGUCAAGAUCCCUAUGGCCAUUAUGUGGGGUUGAGCCCCCUGGCGGCCGGCCAUGUGCCUAAAGUCGCCAAAGCUCCUGGUCCUGCUAAAGGUGGCUAA